ACAUGAUUGGACACAAAAGGAAUUUGUCUUGGUGCAUAUGCUCUCGGUGUACAUAAAAGAAAAGAUACAUUCGUCAAGAAUCAUAAGGUACAACACUUAAUGAUAGUCAUAGGGUACAAAUAAGCAAUCAGGAAACAAUAUCAAUAUAAUAUCAACAAUAUAUAUUGUAAGGAUACAAGCAACAAAAUUACAGUCAUACAGUCAUAAGUGGAAGGAGAUGGAUGAUUGGAAUGAUGAGAAGAUUAAUAGUAGUGCAGAUUCAGUAAAUAGUUUGACAGUGUUGAAGAAAUUAUUUGUUUAGCAGAGUGAUGGCAUUUGGGGAAAAAAACUGUUCUUGUGUCUAGUUGUUCUGGUAUGCAGUGCUCUGUAGUGUUGUUUUGAGGGUAGGAGUUGAAACAGUUUAUGUCCAGGAUGUGAGGGGUCUAUAAAUAUUUUCACAGCCCUCUUUUUGACUCGUGCAGUAUAUAGGUCCUCAAUGGAAGGCAGGUUGGUAGCAAUUGUUUUUUCUGCAGUUCUAAUUAUCCUCUGAGGUCUGUGUCUGUCUUGUUGAGUUGCAGAACCAAACCAGACAGCUAUAAAAGUGCAAAUGACAGACUCAAUAAUUCCUCUGUAGAACUGUAUCAGCAGCUCCUUGGGCAGUUUGAGCUUUCUGAGUUGGUGUAGAAAGAACAUUCUUUGUUGUGCUUUUUUGAUGAUGUUUUUGAUGUGGGUGUCCAUUUUAGAUUUUGCGAUAUGGUAGAACCUAGACAUUUGAAGUUCUCUACUGUUGAUACUAUGUUGUCUAGUAUUGUAAGAGGUGGAAGUAUGGAAGGGUUUCUCCUAAAGUCUACCACCAUUUCUAUGGUUUUGAGUGUGUUCAGUUCCAGAUUGUUCUGGUCGCACCACGAGGCUAGUUGUUCAACCUCCUGUCUGUAUAUGGAUUCAUCAUUGUCUCAAAUGAGACCCAUCACUAUUGUGUCUUCUGGAACUUCAGUAGUUUAACAGAUGGAUUGUUAGAGAUGCAGUCAUUGGUAUAUAGAGAGAAGAGAAGUGGGGAGAGCACACAGUCUUGGGGGCCCCUAUGCUAAUUGUACACAUUUUGAAUAAUCAGGUAGUGAAUGCUAAUGUCACUGUUCCGACUGACGAACUUAACCAAAGCAAGCACGGCCGAGACAAUCCAAUCUCUUAAUGCAAAACUUUGUUGAGUAUAUCAUUUCAGCAAAUAUGAGAGCAAAACCAGAUUUAACUAUUGGAUGGAUUACAAAACAGGAAUAUAUGGCAAAAAAUAAAUGUUGCCCUCUUGAUUCUUGUUAUAUUCCUGCCCUUGCUGUGUUGUCCAACUUUGAUUUAUAUUAUGAUUUUCCCAAUUGUCUUUUGCUUCUUCCUAUAUACAGAAUUCUCUUUUAACUCUAAAGAGCCGUGGUGGCACAGUGGUUAGAAUGCAGGCUAACUCUCUGCUCACUGCCAGGAUUUCGAUUCUGAUGGGCUCAUGGUUGGCUCAGCUUUCCAGGCUUCUGAGAUCAGUAAAAUAAGGACCCAGCUUGUUGGGGGCAAUAUGCUGACUCUGUAAACCACCUAAAGAGGGAUGUAAAGCACUAUGAGGCGGUAUAUAAGUCUUCAAGAGACGGUGAAGAGAAAAUUAGAAGGAGCACGCUCACCCCUCAACGGAGAACAGCAGAAUGGUGUCUGUGACAGAAGCUUCUCUCCAACUAAUAAGCGGAUACGGAAAGAUGUAUCUGGGAUUGAGAGAGUCAAUAGUUUGCCAAACAGUUUGCCUUUGUCUUCUAUUUCUCCUCUUCACCAGCUUGACCUAAAGCCAUCUUUGCCCCUGCAAAACAGUGGGACUCAUGAGGGUACCCUAGAAGACUUAGGUAAAAAUGGUGGACUUUCUGACCUAAAACUCCCAAUCAAUGGAUGUACCGAGCUUGAAGAUAGUUUUAACAUUCUGCACAACAAUAGUAGCAGCAACAAAGAACUGAAACAAGAGCCCUUGGAUGAUCCCAACUGCACUGACAAUUCUGACACAUCCCUUUCCAAUCAGAAUAAACUCUUUUCAGACAUUAACCUGAAUGAUCAGGAGUGGCAGGAAUUAAUAGAUGAGCUAGCUAACACUGUUCCAGAAGAUGAUAUACAAGAUUUGUUCAAUGAAGACUUUGAAGAGAAAAAGGAACCUGAAUUUCCAAGACCAGCCACUGAGAUUCAGGAGACUGCCAGUGUUAAAAGUGAUCCAUGUCACUCUCCAUUUGCUCACUUACCAACAGGCUCUCCACAGGUAAGACCAUCAUCAUCAGGACCUCCAUUUUCAAAUAUCCCUACGGGUUCCAGCCUCCCUUCAGGCUCUAAUGGCCCUCCGGCUCCAAGCCUUGAUAGUUCACUAGCAAACUGUGUGGUUCAGUCCCCUCAGACUCCCAACCAAGCGCAUCCUUCAAACCAAACUCAGUCACGACCAGGCAAUAGUUUCCACAUGAAUCCAACAACAGUGACAACAGCAGGCCCAGGGCCUAGCCAAGUAACUGUGUCUAGCACUGACUUGUCUCCAGCUGAGCAGUUGAAGCAGAUGGCAGCCCAGCAGCAACAGCGGGCUAAGCUGAUGCAGCAGAAACAGCCGCCGCCGCCACAGCAUCCAAACCAAGUAUCUAGUUGGUCGCCAGUGGGGCCUCCAACUAGUCCUUAUGGAGGACCUUUCAGUACAGAUAAACCAAAUAGCCCGAUGAUGUACCCCCAAGCCUUUAACAACCAAAAUCCUGCAGUGCCUCCCACGGCAAACAACUCACAAAAGACUGCAAUAAAUAACUACCUCCCUCAAAACCAUAUCAAUAUGAUUAGUCAGCAGCCAAAUAAUCUGGGUACAAACUCUUUGAGCAAACAAGGCAAUAUGCUUUCUUAUGGCAACACUAAACCUCUGUCUCAUUUCAAUGCUGAUCUUAGUCAAAGGAUGACUCCACCAAUGCCCAAUUCCAACAAGAGUCCUAUGAUGCCCUAUAUGCAGCAACAACAGCAACAGAUUCCCCAACAGCCACCAAUUCAGGCUCAAAUGACACCUUUGAGUGAGGAGCAGAAGCGCAUGCUUAUUUUGAAGCAGAAAGGAAUGAUGAACCAGCCAGUAGCUUAUGGAACUCUUCCAUCUCUAGGUCAGGACCAGCACACUGUGGCAUUGUCUCGAUCCACAGGUCCCAUGCAGUCCGCUGUACCCUCAGGACCCAGUAAUGUGGUCACAAAUCCUGGCAAUGCCAAUUUCUUGAGCAACCAACCACAAGCAGCCAUUAUGAAGCAGAUGCUGAUUGAACAAAGGGCUCAACUCCAUAUGAUAGAACAGCAGAAGCAACAGUUUCUUCUAAGGGAGCAACGGCAGCAGCAGCACAUCUUGGCGGAACAACAUUUGCAGCAGCAGUCACAUUUGCCUCGGCAGCACUUUCAGCAACAGCAACGAAAUCCUUAUCCAGUCCAACCAAUCACUCAGUUUCCAGGUUCUCCACAAGAUAUAGCUGCAGUAAGAAAUCAGACUGCCCUUCAGAGCAUGAGGACUUCCCGAAUGAUACCUCAGAGUGCUAGCAUGAUGUCUUUGGGUGCCUCUCAGAACACUGCAGCAAUCUCUGCAACUGGUAGUCAACCUGAGAUGGGAAUGACUCCUUACAGCAGCCCAAUGACUGGCCAGCCAGGAAUGUACAGUAUGAACUCUGGAAUGAGCCAAAUGUUGCAGCAUCCAAACCAAAAUAGUAUAAAUAUAACACACAAUCCAAGUCAGGGGCCAAGGCAGCCCAGCUCAACACAGGGAGUUGGCAUAGUCAGCAGCUUUGGUCCAAAUGUUUUAGUAAACUCUACUGUAGCUCAACAACAUCAGCAAAUGAAAGGACCUGUGGGACAAGUUUUGACCAGAUCACAAGCCCCCAGGCUUCAAAAUAUGAUGGGGCCAGUCCCACAAGGAACCGUAAACUGGCAGGCAAGAGGACUGCAAGGUAUUUCUGGAAGGACUAGCAAUGAAAUUGGAUCUUUCAAUAAUGGAUCUGCUUACUCAAUGCAAUCAAGUCAGCCAAGGCUGCCUAAGCAACAUUUUCCUCAAAGUAUUGGUCAAUCUAUUAUGGACACAAAUGGAGCAGUACGGACACUGAACUCAGGUGUAGGGAGACAGAUGUUGCAACAACUCCCUGGACAACAAGGAACCAAUAACCAACCCAGAUCAAUGGUUAUGCCUACAAUAAGUCAGGCAGUUUCUUCUCUAACUGGUUUUAAUCAGUCUCCUGCACAACAAAUACCAGGAAAUAGCUUCAAUCAGAGCAGCCAAGGUCAGAUCUACGAGAGGAAUCCCACUCAAGACAUAUCUUAUAGCUAUAGCAGUGAAGGAACUGGAGGGUCCUUUCCAAAUAUAAGUGAAAACACUGAUCUUGUAGACUCCAUCAUUAAAAGUGGUCCAGGAGAUGAAUGGAUACAAGAACUUGAUGAACUGUUUGGAAAUCCAUAGCACAUGGAGACGUUCAGUUCCAAUAUUUGUGGGGUCAACAAUGGAAAGCAGGAUGAUGUCCAUCCUUGUUUCUUUGUUUUGUUUUUAAAGCUGUGCAAAGCUAGCUGAUCUGUGAAGGCAUAGAUGGAAUUUGAAGCAAUGACAAAAAGUCCUUGCCAACUUCCCACAGCAGUCUCCAUGCCAUAGCGUAUCUGCUGCAGGUCAGAAUGAGAGAGAGAGAGAGAGAGAGAGAGAGAGACUGAGAGAGAGAAAGAGAAAGAGAGAAAAGCUCAAAAAGUGCUGCUUUCUGCCUGUGGGCCACAGAAAGUGCCAGGCAGUUCCCAGGUGCCAAAGCCCUGGCUGUCGUAUAACAAUGCACUUUCUAUGCAGUUCUCUAAGAGCUGUUGUAGUUUUCAGGAUACAGAACAGGCAGCUUCUGAGAUAAAGCAGGAGAGUCAAAGCUAGGUGACUGUAAAGUGACAAACACAAAGAUCUUAACUCUGAAUUUAAUAAAUACCAAGCUUUUCCAUGCAAUGUGUGUAAUCUGAUAGAGAAUUACAUAAAGGUUGUUUGAAUGUGGUGAUGACAAUGAUACCAGGGCUGAAUGAGUUCAGUCAGUGCCCUAUCAAUGCUUCUUAAGGUGCAUAAUGGAUUCUAGUGAAAGAGUUUAUCUUUUCUCUAUUGUCCGUUUCCUGCAUAAUCAAGUGAUUCCUGACUCAUUAUCUUUAAGUAUGAGGAAAAACACAGCAUAGGACAAGCAAGAUUGUAUAAUAAUUGUAUUACUCACUGGCUGCCUCCAAAGAUAGUGAUGCAAUACAAAAAUAAUUGGAAAAAAGAGAGAUAGGCCUAAGGAAAUGAAAACAUGGAUGUUGAGUGUGUUCUUUUUUUGAACAUAACAGGAUCAAGUGAGGUUGGGCUAUACAAACUAUUGGCUUGAUCUUCCAAAAAUGUUAGGAGACUCAAGGAACAACUGCUCUAAAGAUCACACAGAGAGGGGCCAAUAACUGCAAAGCAUCCUUGACAGAUUGAGAGUGAGUUUAUGGUCUAUGUCAGGGGUGUGCAAACUUGGCUCUUUUAAGACACGUGGACUUCAACUCCCAGCGUUCCUUAGCCAGCUUUGCUGGCUGAGGAACUCUGGGAGUUGAAGUCCACAAGUCUUAAAAGAGCCAAGUUUGCAGACCCCUGGUCUAUGUUCUUCAAACACAUGUCCUCUUUUCUACAUGUCCUACUUCCUACAAGCCCUAAGCUCUUUAAAAUUUAAAUUUAAAAUUUAAAAAUUUUAAAAAUUAAAAAUCCAUUGAUGUAAUUUUUAGUAGCAGUUGUAUAUAAGCAUAUGACAUUGCAAAUAUUUUUCAUAGAGUUGUGCAAUUUGAAGUACUAGAAUUUAACUGCAAUUCUUUUAGGUCCUUUUAAGAGUUUAGAUUGGCAUUAUUUGUAACAUUGGAAAUUGAAUGUGCGACCACCUAUCUGUAUGUUGAACAUGGGGGUUCAUGUUAAAUACAUCCACAUCCAGAGCAUUCUCAGGGUCUGAUUUAUGUUUCUCUUACAUACAGUUUUCCAUCUAAGCUAAUUUGUUUUUAGAGAUAACAUUUUUUGGUAGAGUAGCAGUAGACAGUGAGGGGACUUUGCUAUUUCUGCAGCCUUUCAUUCUCUGGUUCAUGACAUUCUCUGAUUGUAUCUCUUACACAUUUCCAGGAUAAGAUUAACAGGCAUAUUGAAAGAAAUGUUUUAAAAGCAUGUAGAGAAGCACUGAACAUCUCAUUUAUCCAUAAUUUUCCUCCUCUAGAAACAGCUUUUCCUGAAAAAUGAAGGAGGGGGCAAGGUUUUAGUUACAUGUUAAAGUAUUUUUAGCCCAUCAAACACUUUGGGUUGGGAUAUAAGAUUUAAAUGGCAUGGGUGUAAAAAUCCUGUAUACUGAAAUUAUUGGCAGAUUUUUUUGCAGAUUCUCAUGAGAGUUAACUUCUUGUCAGUACUAAAAUAUAGAUUGACCAACGCAUUUCCACGUUGGUAGAUUUGACAUUUGGCCAAAAAAAGUUGUGUGAUUAUAACAAAUAAAGUUUAUCAUGCACGCAGUGCACACUGUGCCAAAUUGAGUUCUGAUCAUAGCACAUACAUAGGAGUACAUGCAAAGAUCCAAAGAAGUUUUAAUCCACUCAUUUAUUAAAUUUAUUUAAUACAACUAUACCACAUUCAGAUGAAAGAAAAGAAAUGAAGAGUUUGUGUGCUACAGCAGUCAGAUGAAGCUGAAAAAUGUGACCAGUUAAGUAUGCAAAAAUUAGGAAAGAAGUCAAGUGAAUUAUCAUCUCCCUCAAAAAAAAAUUAUUCUUUCCUGGAAAGAUUGAUAAAAGAGGAUUUAUGGUGCAAUCCUAUGUAUGUUUAUUCAGAAAUAGGUUCCAUUGUCUUUGAGCUAAACCCAGGUAAGAGGCUCUAGGAUUUCAACAUUAAAACAUGAGUUUCAUCUACACAAAUUCCAGUAAGUUCCAUUUUAUUAGAAUAAUAGAGAAAUUAACUUUGUGUUUGAUAAUGCACUCAUAAAAAGUUUAUUAUAUUUGUAAAUUUUCCUCCAAAUCCUUUAAACUGGGACCAAGUAAUAAAAAAUACUGUUUAAUAUUGGGGGACGGCUCUUUUAACUAUGGUGCUUGUGUACAUGAAAUGGUUUUUUAAAAAAAAUAUUUGUAAAUAUGUUUUUACAAUCUGCUGAUAUCACUGGGUCUAGUCUGUAAAAUAGAAACAUAUAAAUAAAUAUUGUAUUA